AUGGAGGAACCCAAGACCGGCCUCGUCUUGGGCUACAAUGGUGCUCAUCCCUUCUCCAAAGUGAAGCUUACCGACAGGGCAUCGGUCCAAGAGCUCCUACGGACCCUCCUCGACCCCCUUGAGCCCUUCUUUUCUCCCCAGAAAGCCCGCGUCAAGUGUCCUGGAGGCACUGCUGUGCGGUUCGACCAAGCCGCCUCCGAAGUCGAAGGCAUCCUUCGUCCCAUCUGGGGUCUGGCCGCGCUCCUGGCCGGCGGCGGGGAGUAUCGUGGUACAGAAUGGUGGAUCCAGGGUAUCAAGUCCGGCACCGACCCCGAGAACCCCGAGUACUGGGGCUUCCCGAGGGACAAUGACCAGCGCAUGGUUGAGAUGUGCCCUCUCGGCUUCUCUCUUGCCGUCGCGCCGACAAUCUGGGAAAACCUAUCUGAAAAGGAGCGUGUUAAUGUCGAGAACUGGCUAGGCAACUCCAUCAACGAGAAGAAGUGGGCAAGCACACCAACGAUAUCUACAUUCAACGCUGACAAGGCCGUUUAG